GGGUUUGUCUACGUGUUCCAUGCUGAUUGGUCCUUCAUAUUGCACCAUUCCAGUGUGCAGUAUUUAUAUUUUAUCGUUCUAUAUCGUUCUAUGUCAUUCUAUUCCAUUUCAUUCUAUUUCAUUUCAUUCUGUUUCAUAUCAUUCCGUUUCAUUUUAUCCCGUUUCAUUUCAUCCCGUUUCACUAGUACUACCUAUAAUGCGCCCUCCGCAUAUGGAAGAAGCACGCUGUUAAGUCAGUCGCGUGAUGAUUCGGCACAAGCUUUUCAACGUGUUAGAGAACUAACGCCUCAAGCCUCACGGUAUACUCACAGCCAAUGGAAGAUAAGCUUCACUAGCUUAUCGUUACCAACAUGUCGGAUUGAUGCGAAAAUAGGGAUAUCUUCAUAUGCGAAGGGGCUGGUCGGCACUCCGACAUGACGAUCAUAAUGCUCUCGACUUAUGCUUGGAUAUAAAUACGGGAACAAAAGGGAAUGGAAAGCUGAGUUACCAGUCCUUACUUCAAAUCGGGCACCGAAAGAAGUGUUUAUAACUAAUUCUGCCUUUCUCUAUA